AUGGGUUCGAUAAACGGAUCGCCCGACUCGUUGCGCUACAUUGCGCAAUCCUACAACCAUGCCGAUUCGCAGGCCUCCGCUUUGAGGCUCAUCCUCACGCUGAACCCGCACUGGGGAGGUCCGGAGAACAAGAUCGAGUUCGUGCGAUUUACGGACGGUAUCACCAACACACUCCUCAAAAUCAUCAACCGCAAACCUGGCUUGACCGAGGAACAAAUAGACCACGAAGCAGUACUGAUGAGAGCGUAUGGUAACCACACAGAGAUUAUCAUAGACCGUGAAAGAGAAACCAAGUCCCACGCGCUCCUCGCUAGCUACGGCUUAGCCCCUCGUCUCCUCGCUCGCUUCCAGAACGGUCUGCUGUAUCGGUUCAUUCGGGGUCGUCCCGCGACACAUGAGGACCUGGUGAAGCCUUCCAUCUGGCGGGGCGUUGCUCGGAGGUUGGCACAAUGGCAUGCCGUGCUCCCUAUCUCCGAGGCUGCUGCUGCCACUUCGAACGGGUCUGCGGAGGACCAAAAGCCCAUCAUACACCGUGUAGAUGUGGAGCAGCAGUCGGAGAAGGACGAUCUGGUCCCAGUCACCCCCAGACAGCCACCUCCCAACACGUGGACGGUCCUACAGAAAUGGAUCCGGGCUCUUCCCACUACGACGGAUGAGCAGCGGCAGCGGAGACUCGACCUACAGAAGGAGCUUCAACGGGUCGUCAACGAGUUCGACGACGGCAAGGGUCUCGGUGAAAACGGGCUGGUAUUUGCCCACUGCGACCUUCUCUGCGCCAACGUCAUCGCCGCGCCGUCAAAAGAGGAGUCGUCAUCCGACGAGGCCACAACCGUACACUUUAUCGAUUACGAGUAUGCCACGCCGUCGCCGGCGAGCUUCGACAUUGCCAACCACUUCGCAGAAUGGGCCGGCUACGACUGCGACUAUAACAUGAUGCCGACGCGCUCGGUGCGGCGCCAGUUCCUGACCGAAUACGUGAAAAGCUACAGCCACCACCGAGGACUCCCGGAAUCCUCUCAAUCGGACAUUGUCGAUCAGCUGUGCCGAGACGUUGAUCGAUACCGCGGUAUCCCCGGUCUCUACUGGGGCAUCUGGGCUCUCAUCCAGGCACAAAUCUCACAAAUCGACUUCGACUACGCCUCAUACGCCGAACUCCGUCUAGGAGAAUACUAUGCCUGGCGUCGCGAAGUGGAGGGGACUCGCGCCCAGGCGGGCGAGGAGAUGCCUCUUCGCGAGCGACGCUGGGCCCAAGAAGCCUAA